AUGGGACGGCCUCUUGAGGGACAGCCUCCACGAGCCCUGGAUUUACACCCCACGCCUGCCUUCCUCCGCUCUGGGAAGGACCCAAAAUCCAGUCCCGCUUCCUCCCCCUCCUUCGCUGUCCUUGGCUCCCAGGUGAGGAGCACCGGCGGUCAGGCGGGAGCCCGCAGGAGGCCGAGCGCUCCAUGCUCGCAGGACUGGGCGGCAGCGGAGGGAGCCCCCGCGCUCUUGGGAGGGAGCCCGAGCUCCGGGUCCCCUGGGCACCCUCCCCGGAGCGCCUUCGGGGUGGAGGCUGGUCGCGGGGCGCUGAAUGUGUCCAAGCACGCUCGGGGCGGUUUUGCCCUUGGACUUUCUUUUUGGCCCGGAGGCGCAUAUCUGUUCCUCCUAUUGGAUGGGGCCGGGGACCCCGAACCCACUCCGGAAGCACGGAUUUCCAGAGCUGACGGCCGCGCCUCGUUUCCCGGCGAGUCCUCUUGGCAGCUCUCGCAGCUCCCCGCCGGGAGCACGAGUGGGAGCCAACCCAGAGCCCGCCUAGGCCUCGGGCCUCGGCAACUCUCCACAGGUCCACGAGAUGGCGCUGCAGGCCAGGGCCCCGGCCGCGGCCUCACAGCCCGCCUGGGGCGAGAGCGGGAGGUAGACUGGGGACCCCGGCAAGCGGGGCACGAAGGAGCAGCCACCGACGCACGCAGAGCCGGGUCCGGAGCCCGGCACAGGCCGCCGAGGGACCGAGGGACUCCGGGGCUGCGGACACGCGGAGCGGAGGGCUUGAGGCUCGGGGUGGGGCCUUCUCCCCUGCUGCCGGGACCGCCGGGCAUCGCCAGCUCGGCGACCUUCCAGGCUGCUGCAGAUCCCGGCGUGUCCUCUUCUGCGCGCCGGCAGGGCUGGGCCCUCGCGUUCUCUCUGCCGGGAGGGAGCUGCCGGCCUCCGGCCUCCCAGGCUCCUCCGUAGGGGGCUGUGGCUGAGAUCCGCAGGGGGCGGGGCGCACGGCCCUGGGAGCGCGGGGCCCACUCCACGGUGAGGACUUGGGGGCGGGAUAGGGGAAGGAUCGGCGGGGAUCCGGCGUUCCUCUCGCGUAGAGGGACCCCCUCGGCUCCAACCCGCCCUCCUCACCACCCUCAGGCGUUUCUUCAGGGUGGGGUCUUCAGGGUUGAGGGCAGGAUGUGCCCUGUGGAGCUGCUCACCUAAGUUCCUGCCUCCGUAAGGGAGGCUUUGGGCUGCGUUAUUCCAGCGGGAGGUGGUGGGGACUGGGGAGGUGGUGGGGACUGGGGAGGGCCCAGGGGUCAGCCUGAGAAUCUCGCUCUUGGAUUAAAAGCCACUAAGGCUCUGGGUCAGGUCUGAAUACGGGGCAGGGGAUGUAAGACCCGUUGGCUGGGGAAUGCCAGAGUUGGAGGGGGUGGAGCUUAGAAGCCAGCUGACCCUUUAUGUCCCCAGAUGAGCUCUGGCACCCUCAGAGAUUAACCCUACACAGGUUUCCUAAGGGCACGCGGCUAGAAAGCAGUCCGGUUAACACCAGUCGAGGGUCAUUUCCGCUGCGAUACAGUCACCGGCUGGAUGAUGGGACCCAGGCCAGAUGUCGUACCUGCACUGGGCUCUCAGCUCUUUUCUCUUUCAAAGUACAGUGUAGCAGAGAAUAGGACCAAAUCUUUGGUGAUUUAAUAAUUAUCUACACGCUCAUCUAUGGCUGAAGCAGCUGCUUGGUAGGAAAACUGGAUAGGUACAAGGUCGAACUCUGCCUCUAGAGCUGUGAGUGCCCUCCAAAAAUGUGACUUUAUUCUCUGGGCUGCAGAAUCCUCAUCUGCAAAAUAAGUAGUUUGGACUAAAAUCAAGUUGAUCUGCAAAUGGCCAGUUGACCUGGGUCCAGUUUCCAGUGACCCCUGUCCCACCCCCAGCCUCAACUGCUUUAGACAAGAGCCAUGUUCCCAUUUAAUGCUUAAGGAACCUGAGCCAGAGGGAUAGGCAGAGUCACAGGCCUUGAGGACCUUGGCCAAGAUUCUUGGGGUGGGGGACUGGGUUGGUGGCCUGGAUGAAUUCUCAAUUAGGAAAUUGCAUUCUAGGUUCCAGUUGCCUCCAUUCCCUGUGGGGUGUGGUUGUCACUCACAGCUUGGCCUUCUACCUCAAGCAAGCUGCUUUUGGAGAGAUGCAGACUAGUGGGUUGUGGGCGGGGGUUGGGGGGUGACUUUAUUGCCCAGCACCACAAUUUGUUGACUGUGUGUAACUUCUCCCUAAAGAGAGACCCCAAAGAGAGAAAGGGAUACCAGUGAAGGCCAUUCAGGCACCCAUGUUUAAGCGGGUCCCCCAGGCUAAUUUCUUUCUUGUGAGGAAGCCUUCAUGACAGCCAGCGCACUUUCACAUGUGGCCUCUCCCCAGCCCUCACUGGCGGGGUGGAGACCGUGAGUCCCCAUUUCACAGACAUGACAUUGGGGUUCAGAGAAAUGAAGUGAGGUGCCCGAGGCCAUCCAGUAAAUAAAGGACAAAGCUCUUUCGCAAUCCCUUGGGCCUGGCCCUUGGAAACUGAUGAAGUGAUGAUGGGUGAGAGUCAGGCUUGCAGCAGGAAAAGGGCAAACAGGGCAGGGGAGGAGUGCCCGGAUGUCCUGGCCAGGAGGUGUGUCCGUGGGAGAAGCAGCCUGGCUCAGAGCCCAAGUCCAGCAGGCGGGGGGGAGGGUGGCCUCAUGGCUCCAGUCAGCCCAGCUGGGCCUGUGGGGACCCCUGGUCAGGGCAGGGGCUUUUCAGCGUAAAACACUAACGGGGCAUUGAGAGGAUUACCCGGGGGAGGGGGGUGCAUCCUGUGCUUAGCUUAGGGCGUGGCUCAUGUUCCCUCUCAAUAUUAUUUAUUUCUCUCCCAAAGAGAACAAGCAGGAUGUCCUCUGGCCCCAUGGUGCCUGCUCCUCAGCCCAACAGGAGCAGCCGUGGAAUAGCCACUGUGUGCUUAACAUACACGCAGACAUUUGAUUUAAUUCUCAGCACUGGGCGGUUGGUAUCAUUAUCUCCAUUUUACAGAGGAGAAAAUGGCCCAAGGUCAUAGAGCAUCUAAGAAGCAGGUCACAGGCCCACACCAGACUGUGGCCAACCCCAGGCCUGUGUCCCUUCCUGGAGCCUGGUGUUCCUACUCCACCACCCCGGGCCGCAGAGUCCCCCCUGGCAUUUGGCUCAGCCCUGUGGCGGACUGUCCUGGGACUGGUUUUCAUUUAGCCCUGGACUGGCUAGUCAGUUCCUUCAUCCUGCUCCCACUUUGGGUCUUAUUUAUUUCCUUCUCGGGGGUCUGUCCACACACUUCCAUGCUUUGCCUGCCCAUAACUGUCCCCGUUGCCCAUGACAGUUCGGGUUUGAGUACUGGCGUCCUGAAUUCUGGAAGACCCCUCAGUUCUGAGCAAGUCACCCAGUAGGUCACCUUGCCAUCCCCACAGACAUACCCCUACUGGGCUGGGAGACCCAGCAAUGAGUGAAACAGACACCAGCACCCCCAUUGAGGGAGCCAAUGAUCUGGCAGAAGAUAGAGACAUCCAAGGAAUAUAUCCCCUCCCAAGAGAAGACAGAGUGGUGUAUAGGGGUGGGGUGGGAAAAGGCUUAGCCCCAGCAACCUGGGGGCAGAGAGGAGCGGCAGAGCCUUAGAGAGGUUUGGGGAGCUGGCAACUGGCCUGGUUUCUCCAAGGAAACUGCCCCACCAAGCAUCUUCACAUGGGCAUGUCUCUGUGUGUUCGUGUGUGUGUGUGUGGUAGGUGUAUGUGUGUAACACAUGGCAGGUGUGCAGAAAGCCCUUGCUGGAUGAGUGAAUGAAGUGCACCUGGUCCCUCCAGGAUAGCCCCCACCCCCAGGUCCUGGGCCAGAGGCCCCUCCUCCAAGUACACUUUAGUCCCCUGCAGAGAGCUCUGGAGGGCUUCAGGUCUCCCCAGCUGGGCCUCCUGUGUCUCCUGGGGAACUAAGGCCCAGAGAGUGUGUGUGUCUUGCCUGAGGACUUGCCUCUGCAGGAGAAAGUUCCAGGCCAUCCACAGACACUCCCAAGCCCUCAAACCCUGCUCUCCAGCUGUGCCAGGGAUUCUCUGCUCCCUAAGUUCUGGAAACUUCUGGCCUCUGGAGCAACAACCUUGUCCCCCAUGGCCAGGGCAGACCUCUCCAUAUGAGUCCCUUGGGGAAGCUCCUAGCAUGUUUGCCCCCCAGUCUUUCCUGUGGAGCAGAAGGCCUUCCUGAAAUGCAGCUGAGAUGAAGUCACUGCCCCUGGUUAAAGCCUCCCAAAGUUUCCCUUGCUCUUGGGGUCAAGCCCAGCCUCCUCAGCCUGGCAGUGGGGCCUGUGUGAGUCCUGCCUACUCGCCCUCUUCCCCAGGACUCCACCCCCACUACUCACCUCUAGGCUAAUCUUGCUGGCCUUGCCUCGGCCUCCUCCGCAUGUGCACAUGCUUUUUCCUGGGCUUGGAGUGCUCUUCCUGCCUUCCUCCGAUACACUCAGCACACUGGCUCCUUCUUCAGGGAGCUGCUCCUCUGCCUUCUCCCUCCUGAGCUGGGUGCCCACGCACACCCUGUUUCCUGUUGGUAGUCAACCAAUAUGUGGACUUGGGCAAGUUACUUUACCUCUCCUCCAUCACUGCUGCAGAGCUCACGGUGGUUCACAGUGGGGCCGGCGAGGAGCCUCGACCAGUGAGUGAUGGUUCCCGUUCCUUUGGGGGACCCUAAGGGCGGUUGAGGAUGGGGUCUGGGGGCGCUCUGCGAGUGGGGAAAUUCCCCUCAGCCCAGUGCGGCGGCCAGGGUUGGGCCUGCCAGAGAGAAGCCCCCUUCCUGCCCUGGAGGCCAGGCGCGGGCCAAGGAGACUCCCCUGCCUGAAUGUGCCCUAAAUUCGGGGGUUUAGACUAGAGGGGUGCUCGACAGGCCUGCAUGUUGGGUGUCUGCAGAUGAAGGGCGACGAAAUCCUGAGGCCAAUGAGCCUCCGUGCGCACGCGCGCUGGUGACACCUCCUCCCUCUCCCAGGGAAGCGCGGCCUGGGGAGGGGCGCUUCUUGCCGCAGGAUGGUUGCUGGUGACCCGGCUGGAUUAAUGUCAGCUGUGGACUGCCUGCGCUGUGCGAGCAGUGGCUCCCUCCUACCACUAGGUGGGGCUCUGGAGUCGUUCAAACCAGGAGUCCGGGACUUGCUUGGGUUCAGGCCUGGAGCCCCUCGCCCUCUUGCCGCCAGCCAGGGUUUCCCAGCCUGCCUGACUGCCGCCUCACCGGCGCUGGCCCGCGCCCUGUGCCUCCACUCUCAUUUCUAGCUAGGUCCUGCUGCCGGGGAAUAACAUUGAGGGAAAUGAAUGAGAACACGGACUGUGCAGCCAGAGAGGCCUGGUUUCAAAUCCCAGCUGCACCUUUAGUUCUGGGGAUUUGGCUCGUUAGGCCUCCACUUUCCUCAUCUGUAAAAUAGACUCGUCUACUUAUUCUGCAAAGGGCAGGAGGAAAUAUGGCUGCCCUGAUCGCCACCCAGAGUGGGAGGAAUGGACAGCGUUCUGUGUCCUCUAAGCCCUCACAUAAGACAGCUAACCCAGACAGCGCCUGUGUUCCAAGACUUCCUCGUGCUCCUGUCUCACUGAUAGAAACUUACCUGUCCCAGGGCUCCUCCCUGGGGACCUUGCUGGGAGAGAGGAGCCCAUCUGACUUAAUGCACUGCCUUUCCAGGUGCUGUGCUUGCAGCUUCCAUCCGAGCCAGGGUGGGGGACCAGAUUCUGGCCUGGGUCCCAGGGGCACCAUUGCAGAGGCACAGAUGUCCCCCCGCCGCCCCACUUCCCACGCCCUUCACACAAGGGCCCUGCCUCUUCUUCAUCCAUCAGGCUCUGGGCCAGGGCUGAGGGAUAAUUUCCCUUCUCUCCCAUUCACAGGCAGGAAAACUGAGGUUCAGAGAAUCCAGGACAGGUUCUAUCAGUGGGGAAAAAAGGAAGGGUUGGCCCAGGGAAAGGGAACAUGGAGGUUAGUGUUGUUCCUUCUAAGUCACCAGUCUUGGUCUUGGUCACCUUGGUUCAGGUGUCCCCUUCUCCUAUGUGUCACUGAUCUUUCCCCUGACAUAGGAGGGAUUUGUAUGACAGUCCCCAUCUGUUCAGACACCAGAACCUGCCAAGCCCACAGGGAGCUGCCCUCGCCAACUCUCAUCCCUUUGGGAGCCAGAGGUCUCUUCCCCAGGGUGGAAAGACAGAGGUUUAGAAGGGGUUAACUCUUCUUGCUUUCACAUCACUGCAACAAGUAUGUGUUGAGCAAUGGCCACAGUGUCAUGUGCCUCGCAUCCUCCCUCUUUCUCUCACAUGCUCUGGACUCCUUGCCAUUUUUUCUUUCUUUUUAAAAAUGGAGGCCGGGAGCGGUGUCUCAUGCCUGUA